AUGGAGCGCGGUGGCGGCGGCGGCGGCGGGGCCGGUGCCCGAGCUGAGGUGACUGCGCGGGGCACCUUGCCCCUGGGAAGGUUGGCAGAACCCGGCUCGGUGCGAAGCUCGUCACCCGGCCAGCGGCCGUCUGGUAUGGAUGGAUUUUUGAAAUCAGACGAGAGACAAAGAUUAGCCAAAGAAAGACGGGAAGAAAGAGAGAAAUGCCUGGCUGCCCGGGAACAACAGAUUUUGGAGAAGCAGAAAAGAGCCAAGCUCCAGUAUGAGAAGCAAAUUGAGGAGCGAUGGCGGAAACUGGAAGAGCAGCGGCAGCGGGAGGAUCAGAAGAGGGCUGCUGUGGAAGAGAAGAGGAAGCAGAAGCUCCGGGAGGAGGAGGAGCGGCUGGAGGCCAUGAUGCGCCGUUCUCUGGAGCGCUCGCAGCAGCUGGAACUGAAGAAGAAGUGUUCAUGGGGAGCAUCCCAGGCCACGGGACCUGGAGGACGGGAUGCAUGUGACAAACUCUCAACAUCAGCCAUGAAUUUGCCAAAGCAGACGGAGCCUCCCAUGAGCAAACGCCUGUCUUCAUCCACUGCGGCAAUGUCCUAUUCCCCAGAUCGAGCUCAUCGCAUGCACCUUAGUCCCAUGGAAAACUUUCUUGUUAUGCGACUGUUGACACCCACACAGGCUUCUUUAGCCAGAAGGAGAAGUAAAUCCCUGUUCUCUCAGCAGGCCAGUGAUUCAGUAUUCUCUGUCUGUCCUCGUUUAGCUUCUUCUGGCCUUUUAAAGUCUUCUUACAAAUAUUCUCCCACUCGAACAAUCGAGAAGAAGGCUGUACCUACAUCUGGCAUUGGAGAUGCUGAGAAAGGAGCCCCCACAGGAGCAGAGGCCUCCUCGAUGGAUAAGGUGAAGAAAGGGCUACGAGUGACAACUUCUGUUCCUUCUGGUGGCCUUGGGUCCCCUCUGAGAAGAUACGAUUUUUCCAAAGGCAUGUCUGAGAGGCCGUCUUCUCCUGUAAAAUCCAAGACUUCAAAAGCAUAUCCACAAUCUCCAAAGUCGAUGAAGCCUGCAUACAUAGGGUCUCCAGUGAGACACCGCUCUCCCAUCCCUCCCAGUCAGGAAGUGCUGAAGAAGAAAGCAGAAAAAGAGAGGAGCAACAAGGACAGGGAAGAUGCUUUGGCUCAGGAGAUGGCUGCCCUGCACGUGGAAGAAGCCUCCGAGAAACAUGUGGCAGACAAUCAUGCCAGCGAGAAGCAUGUGCAUGCAGGAGGAAAGGCCGAAGUUAGCUCAGGCUUAGGGAAGCCCACGGCAGGCACCACUGAUGCAGAAGAAGCUGCCAAAAUCCUGGCUGAAAAGCGGCGACAGGCCCGGCUGCAGAAAGAACAGGAGGAACAAGAACGACUGGAGAAAGAAGAACAAGACAGGCUAGAGAGAGAGGAACUCAAGAGAAAGGCAGAAGAGGAAAGGCUUUGCCUGGAAGAAGCAGCCCACAGACAGGAAGAGGAAAACAAGCAGCAGGAAGAGGAAGCCAAGCAGAAGGCUGAGGAGGAGGUGCUCUUGAAAGAAAAGCAAGAAGCAGCCGGGAGUGAGAAGCAGGUACAGUAUGGGUUCUCAGAGAAAGCAGAAGCCAAGGCCCAGGAGGCAGCUAAGCACCUGCGUCUGGAGAGAGAGCAGAUCAUGUUGCAGAUUGAGCAGGAGCGACUGGAGAGAAAGAAGAGGAUAGAUGAAAUCAUGAAGAGAACAAGAAAGAGUGAUGUACCUCUAGAAGUAAAGAAAGAAGAACCCAAAGUAGAGAUUCAGCCUCCUGUGCGUAUGGAAAAUAAGAUAAAACCAGUUGUCCCUGACAAAAUAGAAAUCAGUGGGUGGAACACCUGCCAGGAAGUUAAUGGUGUAGGGCGCACUGCCCCGGAAGUUAAUGGUGUAGGGCACACUGCCCUACAAGUUUUUCCUCCAGACAUUUUCUCAAAUGGGCUUAAACCAGCUGGGGGACUCAUUCAUCUGGAUGGCCUUGAUGGAAAAUCAAACAGUUUAGAUGAUUCUACUGAAGAGGUUCAGUCUAUGGAUGUGAGUCCUGCUUCAAAAGAAGAGCUUAUAUCCAUCCCAGAGUUUUCACCAGUGAGUGAAAUGAUUCCCGGGAUGUCUCUGGACCAAAAUGGAACUGGCAACGCCCGAGCACUUCAAGAUCUCUUAGAUUUCACCGGCCCCCCAACGUUCCCCAAGCCGUCCAGUGAAGGUCUCAGCCUGGAUGACUGUAAUAAAAACCUCAUUGAAGGAUUUAACAGUCCUGGCCAGGAAGCCAGUCUGCACAGCUUCUGUUGA